GCUGUGAGAGACAGACAAGCGGGAAGAAAACUCUUCGAAAAUGGGCUUAGAAGCAAAUCUCUGAUUGGAGUCGUUUUCUGGUAGACUGUGAAAGGAAUGCAGUGAAAAUUCUGGCCAACAGUGAAAAUAUUAGCUUAAUCCCCAAUUUAGUAUAGCAUUUCUCCUCUUCAGUAGCACCUCAUAAUAGAAGAAAAAUGUAUGGAAGUGCAAGAACAAUCACCAAUCUGGAAGGUAGCCCUUCCAGAUCUCCUCGUUUGCCAAGGUCUCCUCGUUUGGGCCACAGAAGAACAAGUAGUGGGGGAGGGGGAGGAACAGGCAAGACUCUGUCUAUGGAGAAUAUCCAGUCCCUUAAUGCAGCCUAUGCUACGUCUGGACCCAUGUAUCUGAGUGAUCAUGAGGGGGUGGCUUCAACGACUUACCCGAAGGGCACCAUGACUUUGGGAAGGGCCACAAAUCGAGCUGUGUAUGGAGGCCGAGUCACAGCCAUGGGGAGUAGUCCCAAUAUUGCUUCCGCUGGACUUUCUCACACAGAUGUCCUUUCAUACACGGAUCAACAUGGUGGUCUGACCGGCUCAUCCCAUCAUCACCACCACCAGGUACCCUCCAUGUUGAGGCAGGUAAGAGAUAGCACAAUGUUGGAUCUUCAAGCCCAGCUCAAGGAACUCCAGAGAGAGAAUGACCUCCUCCGGAAAGAGCUAGACAUCAAGGACAGCAAGUUGGGCUCUUCCAUGAACAGUAUCAAGACUUUCUGGAGUCCUGAGCUUAAGAAGGAGAGAGUCUUGAGGAAAGAAGAGGCAGCCCGGAUGUCCGUCCUCAAGGAGCAGAUGAGGGUUUCCCAUGAAGAAAAUCAGCACUUGCAGUUGACAAUCCAGGCCCUUCAGGAUGAGCUGCGAACCCAGAGAGACCUCAACCACCUCCUGCAGCAAGAGAGUGGUAACCGAGGAGCCGAGCACUUCACCAUCGAGCUGACUGAGGAGAACUUCAGGCGGCUCCAAGCCGAGCAUGACAGGCAGGCUAAGGAGCUAUUCCUUUUGAGGAAGACGUUGGAGGAAAUGGAGCUGAGAAUCGAAACACAGAAACAGACCCUCAAUGCCCGAGAUGAGUCCAUUAAAAAGCUUCUUGAGAUGUUGCAAAGUAAAGGUUUGCCGUCCAAAAGCCUAGAGGAUGACAAUGAACGAACGCGGCGGAUGGCAGAGGCUGAGUCUCAGGUCAGCCACUUGGAAGUGAUUUUAGACCAAAAAGAGAAGGAAAACAUACAUCUUAGAGAG